GGAGAGCACCAAAUGUGAAAUCCACAGAAGUCAAAAGGCUAAUCCGAUGAAAUAAAACAGUAAAAAAUCAACAGCAAUGGCUUCGAACGGAAACCCUAAAUUUCAGCUCCCCGUGUUACUCUCCCAAUAAAACAACAAUGGUCCUAUUAUUUCCAUGGAAACCACUCCUAUCUCUCCUACUAUUCCUCUCCCUAUUCUUUUACGAACACUGGAUUUCAAUCCCUUCUUGCAACAUCGUACCCAACACAGAUCUCAACCAACAGGAACACGACGUCGUUGAAGAGGAAAACGACAACGAUGAGGUUUUGAAAGUCAUGUUGGUUGCCAAUUUAUUACUCUUAGGAUCUGACACUAGCUUUUUUAACCUCUAUUUUAGAGAUUAUUACAUGUCCAAGGUUUUCAAGAAAUCUUUUUAUUCUUUAAAGCCUGACAUGCUGCUGGUAAUGGGGGAUGUUUCGGCGAGAGGGUCGACAUUGACGAGGGGUAAAUGGGUAUCAGUGUUGCAUCAGUUUCAUGGAAUGAUAGGGCCAUUUAUUGAACUUCCAUUUCAUGUUGUUCUUGGUGAUAUGGAUGUUGGAGGGUGCAGUGGGCUCGACUCAAAUUCAGUUUAUUGGAUAGCUAGGAGUUUUCCGGGGCUAGAUUCAUCUGGUUGUGGUGCGUUUGAUAUUGACAAUGUUAGUUUUGUUUCCCUUAACGCGGCUGCAUUGCUUUGUGGUAAUAAUAAGUUGAGGUUUAGUGUUGAGAAGGCUGUAGAGAUGGAAAGAAUAGGUUCAUGGAUGGAUUCGGAGAAAGAAAUGAGUGAUUAUGGAGAAUUUACGAAAAUGUCUGAUAGUUUUGGGCGGAGAAAGGAUUUAGUGACAUCUGGAUUAGGUCCUGUCCUCUUACUUCAUUUUCCAUUGCAUCGAGCGGAAAAUGGUGGUUGUAAGGAAGGGAAUAUUGUUAGCAAAGCUCCCAUGCCCUUACGUCAGGGCUUGAAUGCAUUAGAGAGUAGCAGGGGAUAUACUGGUGCUCCCUAUGAGUUAUGGCAUACAAUCCCUCCAAAUGCUACGCAGUACAUAUUUCAGGCUCUUAAACCAAGGAUUGUUUUCAGUGCGCAUACACAUGAAUUUUGUGAUCACACACACUCAGAUGGGACACGCGAGAUAACUGUCCCUGCAAUGACAUGGAAAGCAAGGGAUGACCCCGGGUUUGUUUUUGCCACAUUCAGAAGUGGUGGGAAUACUGUAAGUGUCAGCUACUGUUCCCUUGCCAGGGAAUCUCAUGUACUAAUAGCAUACACUUUGAUUUUGUUUCUGCUAAUCACAUUAGGGCUUGUGGCAAAUAAACCUUACAACAUGUGUCUAAGAUAGUGAUGGGGAAAUCCCUCUCCUAUACAUUUUUGUUGCAUUCUUCAAAAUUAUGACCUUUCUUUUUUCUUACUGUUAAUCAUGAAACAAUCAUUUCUUUAGAA